AAAAAAACAAAUAAGUAAUAAAACAAUGAUAAGAAACGUUGCCAAAAGAUGGAGGGAGCUGAGCGGGCAGCACGGGUGGCGCAACCUCCUGAACCCGCUCGACGCCGACAUGCAGACGUACCUCCUCCACUACGGCGGCAUGGCUCAGGUGACGUACGACACCUUCAACAAGCAGCAGAUGUCGAGAUACGCCGGCAGCAGCCGCUACGCGAGGAACAACCUCUUCCACGCCACGGGCUCCGCCAAGGGCAGCCCCUACAGGUACGACGCCGUCAAGUACAUCUACGCCACCGCGAGCAUCGGCGGAUUGCCGCAGGGGUUCAUGGUUAAGUCGAUGGCGGACAACCCGUGGAUGGACGAGUCGAACUGGAUGGGGUACGUGGCGGUGUCGACCAACGAGGGGUCGAAGGCGCUCGGCCGCAGGGAUAUCCUCGUCGCAUGGAGGGGGACCGUUUUGCCGGUGGAGUGGAUGAAGGAUGCCGAUGCUCAGCUUAUCCCGGCGACUGAUAUUAUGGGCGGCGGCGGCGCCUCCGGGGCGAAGCUGCACCAAGGGUUUCAUUCGAUUUAUACCGCCAAGAGUGCGUCGUCGAGUUUUAAUAAGACCAGUGCUAGGGAUCAGGUUCUAUCAGAAGUGAAGAAACAACUGGACAAGCACAAGGGCGAAGACGUAAGCAUAACGAUAACCGGCCACUCACUAGGCGGCGCACUCGCAACGAUAAACGCAACCGACAUAGCCUACAACGGCCUGAACAAGUCCCGCCCGGUGACCGCGAUCACCUUCGCGGCCCCACAGGUCGGCGACCGUAGAUACAAGGAAGUCCUCGACUCGACGAAAGACUGCCGCGUACUGAGCGUGCGGAACGUGCCCGACAUAGUGCCGCGCGUGCCGGGGGCCGCGGCGGGUUACAAGAACGUUGGGGUGGAGUACAAGAUAAACAGCACGAGGGCCCCGGACACGAGGGCGCCCGGGGACCCGCUGACGGGGCACCUCCUGGAGUCGGCGUACUUGCACACGAUCGCCACCGCGAGGCCCGGGAAGAACAAGAGGGAUAUUAACCUCGUGAAUAAAGAUUCCGACAUGCUGAAGCCGGAGUUUAAGGUGCCCGGGUUUUGGUGGGGGGAGAAGAAUGGAGGGUUUGUUCAGAGGAAUGAUGGAUCUUGGGCUAUGGAUGAUCAUCAGAUGGAUAGUGGUGAUCCUAAAGGUAUCGAUGAUUAAUUAAUUAAUUAA